AUGUCUCGGCCACUCAACCAUUUUCACUUCUUGAUGAUUUGGCAUCCCUCCCCUAAAUCCUUCUCCAUCCUUUCGGCUUUGCCGUUCAAUCUUUUCUUUUCUUUUUUUAUUGCUUCAGCAUCCGACCCAGAAAAAAAAACCCUGCUAACCCACCAAAUCCGUUCAUUUGAAAACUUCCCCAUCCGCGAAAUCGCUAACGGUGAAGACUUGACCAUCCGCGGAAUCGCUAACGUUGAAGACCUGACCAUCCGCGGAAUCACUAAUAGCGAAGACCUCCCCAUCUCCGAAAUCACUAACGGUGAAGACCUCGCCAUCCGCGGAAUCGCUAAAGGUGAAGACUUUGCCAUCUGCGGAAUCGCUAAAGGUGAAGACUUAACCAUUCGCAGAAUCAUUAACGGUGAAGACUUCGCCAUCCGCGGAAUCAGUAAUAGCAAAGACAUCGACAUCCUCGGAAUCACUAACGGUUAA